AUGAAUUACAGCAGAGAUCCAUUAGAUCCGGCUAUGAUCAUAACAAAGAAGUUAUCAAAGACCGAUGCUGUUGGUAAUGUGGUAUUACCGAAAGCAGAAGUGAAGUCUGUCCUCACGAGGAUGAAAAAAAAUGUUUUGCAUAACGGUGUUCUAGUGGAAAAAAAUAUUACAGCUGAAGAUUUGCAAAGCGGUGUUCAAGUGAAAGUCCAUGACCUAAUGAAAUACAAAUUGUACACGGUUACUCUAAAAGUCACAGAGAUUGAUAACCCUAGAUAUUAUUUCGGGUCUGGUUGGAGUGAUAUGAAGCAUUCGUUAGAUCUCGGAGAAGGCCGUUUUCUGAAGCUCUACUGGGAUCAAUUUGAACAGGAAUUCAUUGUUCUCAAUUUUCAGUACAAUGUAUUGCAAAUAAUGAUUCGAGUGUAG